AUGGAGAAGUACUUACAGAAAAUAAACAGCCAAAAUAGAAUUUCCAAAAUAGAAAAAAGACCAGUUUUAAUUCAUAUAAAUUGGAAGUUGACCGCAAUGAGUGAGAGACCGCAGCCCCUGAAGGCUAUAAACAAGUUCUUUGAAGGCAAAGAGCCAUGGCAGAUAGUCACUAUGACUGCAUCUUCUGUUCUCGCUAUAGUCUGGGCACAUAGCUUAUAUAAUGCUAAAGAAGGUGUCACAACAAGGUUACGCAAAGAGUUCUUCAGAUGGUUACGUCAAGUGCCAAUUGUGAGACGAAAGAUCGAGGAGAAGAUGGCACAAAUCAACAGUGACUUCAAGAAUGACGUCAAUAAACGACUGGCCGGUGUCACGGUCAGGAGACAACUGCCUGAAUCUGGUCUCAGCGCUGAACAGGUCAUGGAAGAGGUCAACGAUCUUGUCAGUUUAGGUGCGUACGACUGGAAAAAUGGUUGCGUCUCCGGGGCAGUUUAUCACGUUAGCCAAGAGAUCAGUAAAGUGGCGUGCGAUGCCUACGCAAUGACUGCGUACACGAACCCUCUGCACUCAGACGUGUUCCCCGGCAUUAAUAAAAUGGAGGCGGAAAUCGUUAGGAUGGCGGUUAACUUGUUUCAUGGGGAUGAAGACUGCUGUGGAACGGUAACAACAGGCGGUACAGAGUCAAUAAUCAUGGCCUGCAAAGCCUUCAGAGACCUGGCGUAUGCCAAGGGUAUCUCCAACCCUCAGAUAGUCGUACCAUCGACGGUACACUCGGCGUUCGACAAAGCAGCGCAGUACUUGGGCUUGUCCGUCAAAACUGUGCCAGUUAACCCUGAGACCAUGACCGUUGAUGUGGAUAAAAUGAGGAAGGCUAUUGGCAGGAGGACUUGUUUGAUUGUAGGCUCAGCCCCAAACUUCCCGUACGGCACGAUGGACGAUAUCAUCGCGCUGUCGGACGUGGCGGUGGAGUACGACGUGCCAUUGCACGUGGACGCGUGCCUGGGCGGGUUCGUGGCCGCCUUCAUGCCCGACGCUGGCCAUCAGAUUCCUGUCUUUGACUUUAGACUACCCGGAGUCGCCAGCAUGUCGGCUGAUACUCACAAGUACGGUUUCGCUCCCAAAGGCACAUCAGUUGUGUUGUACAGAAAGCACGAGUACAGACAUCACCAAUACACUGUCACCACAGAAUGGCCCGGCGGCGUUUAUGGAUCCCCAACUGUCAAUGGCAGUCGUGCGGGAGGGCUGAUAGCGGCGUGCUGGGCCACGCUCGUGUUCGUGGGGCGCGCGCGCUACGUCAGCAUGACGGCCGAGAUCAUCCGCACGGCCAGAUACAUCGAGGAACAACUUCGCAAGAUAGAUGGGAUAUUCGUGUUCGGUAAGCCUGCGACAUCAGUGAUCGCCUGGGGCUCUAACUCGUUUGACAUAUUCAAGAUGGCCGACCUGUUACACAAGAAGGGAUGGUCGUUAAACGCUUUGCAGUUUCCGUCUGGGAUCCACAUGUGCGUGACGCACGCGCACACGACCCCGGGUCUGGCGGAGCGCUUCGUGGGCGACGUGCGGGCCGUCGCCGCCACCUGCCUCAAGGACAACACCUCGCCCGUGCAUGGGAAGAUGGCGAUAUAUGGCGUUGCUCAAGAAAUCUCCGACAGAAGUCUAGUCUCUGACAUUACAAAGUACUUCAUAGACUCAAUGUAUUAUUUACCAGAGACUACAGAAGAAAAUGAAUCAUCAAAUAAGUAA